AUGAUUGGACGCUCAGCAGCCGAGUUUCAAAGAGCUACAGAACUUGCCCAGCAGGAAGGUGUGCCGUGCAAUAAUAUAAAGCUAGGUCAAAAGUUUGGGAAAUUUUUCCAGCGUUAUUGUGCCCAUCGUGGUGCUAAGAUAGACUAUAAGAAACCCCAGAAUCCAACUCUUCCAAAGUCAUUCUCGCUCACAAGCUCGGGAGACGAGGGCUCUACAAAAACUUUCCUGUCUCGUGAAGCUGAACAAGGCAGUUUUGCAGAUAUGUCCAGCGGAUUCAUGGAUCAAGAUAGUAAACCUGAUGAAGCUAUGUCCUCGGAUGAGCCCAGUGAGGCUUUAAAUGAGAAUCAAGCAGAGAGCAACAAGGCUGAUGAAGAGGCAGAUGACGAUGAAGAGCUCAUGGACAGCGUGCUACUUGAGUAUUUCAAAAAUCUGCUGCUUCUUGGAACGCCAUAG